AUGAUCGGAAGCGACUAUACAUUGGAGUUGUGUAAUGUUUUCCACUCGGGACAAGUGGAGCCUGGCAGCUUUCUUCAGCGACUAACAGGCGGUGUGAAGACCGGCGUCAUCUUGAAGGAUGUCUCUUUCAUCACGCAAAGUGGAGAAGUUACAGCCAUUCUGGGUUCCAAAGGUAGCGGAAAACGCGCUCUUCUGGACGUCAUAAGCCGCCGAGUACCUUCCAAGGGUCACAUACUUCUCGAAGGUGUUCCCUUAGAAGAAGAUCACUUUACGAGCACUUGCGCUCUGGUCCGACAUUCAACAAAACUCCUGCCCGGUCUCAGUGUGCAACAGACUUUAGCUUUGUCGCUUACUAAGAUAUCGGGAUAUUUGAAAUCGUCGAAAGUAAAACAAGUCAUGGCCGAUUUAGCUCUGUCUCAGGUUGCAAACAAAUGUGUAACAACGUUAACGAAAAGCGAAUAUCGAAGACUAGUAAUCGGAGUUCAACUCAUACGAGAUCCAGUGAUCCUACUUCUCGACGAGCCCACGUGGGAUCUAGAUCCAUUGAACACGUAUUUGGUUAUAUCUAUUCUUUCGAAUGCAGCUAAGAAAUAUGGAACCACCAUCAUACUUACUAUGGAAAAACCGAGAUCAGAUGUUUUCCCGUUCCUAGAUAGAGUAGUGUACCUGUGUCUCGGAGACGUGGUUUACGCGGGACCUACAAGAAACCUGUUGGACUAUUUCGGUAGCAUUGGCUUCCCUUGCCCGCAGUUGGAGAACCCUUUGAUGUAUUAUUUAUGCCUAUCGACAGUAGACAGAAGGUCACGCGAGCGGUUCAUAGAGUCCAACCACCAGAUCGCAGCGCUAGUAGACAAGUUCCGCACAGAGGGGCCGGCCCUGGUGAGCGGCAACCCUGAGCACGGCCGCGCCAACCCUAAGCUACAGCUGCACUGCGGCAAGCCGGGCGGCGCGCGGGCGGUGGCCGUGCUGUACUUGAGAAUGCUCGUCUCAAUAUUCAAUUUGAAUAAGCACGGGUUGAAACAGAUGUUUAUGAGAUUGUUAACACUACCAAUAUAUUUCUUCAUUUUAUGGAUUUUCUACAACGAAGCUAAGGAUUUCCAGCGAGCGUUUAUUACUAAAAGUGGACUUAUUUUCAAUGCUAUGGUCGGGACUUACUUUAUUAGUAUUAUGAACACCAUUUGUCUCUACGGUCCAUACAGAACGCGUUACUACCAGGAGUCGCAGGAAGGCUUGUACAGUGGGGCCAGCUUGUUACUCGCGUGGAACAUCGUAUCGCUGCCCUUUUCCUUUAUCACUGCUUUCGCUUCUGCCGCUAUUAUUUACCCAAUCCUAGGCAACAUAUCAGAAGGUCUGGACUACAUAUACUUCGCGCUAGUGUUAUGGUCGAGCUACAUCUUUGCCGAGCAACAGACCAUCGCCAUCAUGAUGUUUGUCAAGAAUGGCAUCAUUGCUGCCGUUGUCAACAUUUAUAUAUCCUGCGUGUAUAUUAUGUUGGCUAGUGGUGUUUUAAGAUCAUACAAAGGCUAUGAAGACUGGCUGUACUACCUUACCUAUCUAACUCAUACAAGAUAUGCUUCAAUAUUCCUACACAGAAACAUUUUCAAGCAACCAGUAUUCAACGGCCUACCAUACAGCUCCGAGGAGAACUGCACAUCAAUUACUAAUCUCAUACAAACAUCAUCUAAUAUGAACAUAAAUUCUAAUGCUAAUUGUAGAUAUCCAAGCGGUAAAGCAUUUUUAACUGAAAGAUUUACAGCAAAGAAUUUUGGUGGAGAUAUAUAUCAGUCCGGCGAUUUCAAUGCAGAUUUUAAUUUGGGAAUUUCGUUCGCAUUUUCGCUGGGUAUAAUUAUAUUCAACAAAUUCUUGUAUCUGAUGCCUCUCCCUGGAUAUAUUGUUGACAAAUUUAGAGAAUAAUUUUUGUAUAAUUUUAUAACUCAAUGGAAUAUGUUGCACUGCCUAAUAGCCAUAAAUAUAUAAAAAUAUUAAUAUUUCAAUGUAGAAAUUAAAAUAUAUACAAUAAUUAUAUAUUUAAUUAUGAUUUACAAAGUAAGUUACAAUUAUAUUUUACUAUAUAGUCCAAUCACAACAGCAGUUUCAUCUCAGAAUGAAACAGAACAAGCUGAAUGUUUGUAUAAAUCUCAAUCAAAACAAAGAUUUAUUUAUACAAAUAGCUUAAAUAAAUGGACUAAUAUUAUAAAUUAAUUCAUAAAUGGUUAAUAUCAAUAAUAGAUUUAAUCCUCAACAUUAAUAUUUGGCUUGAUUAGAAUAAAAAAAAAAAAUAUUCAUAUUAUUUACUCUGUUUUAUUAUAGUUUAAAUAAAUGUAAGAUAUAGUAAAUAUGUUUGAGAGCUAUACAAAAACAAAAUUGUUUUCUUGAAAUAUCUUUUAUUAAAAAAAAAAACAAAUACUUAAGUAAUCUCCACCUAGGUCGUGUCAAAUUUUAAUCAUACCAGUGGAAGAAUUCACAUAACAAUUUUAUGGUCUCCUUAUAUAUAUUUUUUAUACUUAAAAAGUAUUCCAUAAUAAAGUGAUUCUUACAACUUCA